GCACCUCCCCCUCCACCCUUCAUCCAAAUGAAUGGCCCUUUUGCUGGACCUGCUCAUCCAUAUGAACCUUCCUUUGCACAGUCAGAUACAUCCUACGCUGCUGGUCCAGCAGAGGUUGCCGAAAUUUUAGAGGCGAAAAAGAUGGCAAAAGGAAAGGCAAUAGAGCGAUACUAUGAGUGA